AAAGAGCUCUAAAAAAAUGGGUUUAUUUUUAAGAGACAGAAGAUUACAAGUGAACAUUAUACAGCCUUGCUUCUACAACUCCAACAACAAGAACUAAAAAUAAUCGAUUGAUGUCUCUGGUUGCUUUGGGUCCUGAUAUCGUAUCUUUGAUUUAUAAAUGCUAAAAACAUGAAUUACUGAUUUAUUAAUUUUUAAAAAAUUGACUAAUUUUAUGCAAAUUAAUUUGUUUUUAUAUAUAUUCAAAUUGCAAAUUCUUUCUGCCUGAUCUCGAUGUUUUAUUACUCGUCAUUUUCUAAAUGAUCAUCUCUUGAGUUUCCCUGAAUUUAAAUUUCAACAAAUCUAAUAACAUUUUUAGAUGCUAAAAUCUGGUUACUAAGUUAAACUAUCUCUAAUAGAUAAAAAUGUCUGAGAGUAAAAAUUUUUCCAAGGAUGACAAUUCCUCUCUAAAUGGAGACGAUAGUGAUUCGAAAGAAAGUGUUUGUAGAGACUUUCUCAGAAAUGUUUGCAAAAGAGGCAAAAUGUGUCGAUAUAAACAUCCAGAAGGACAUGAAGCAGAAGCUUUGGGUAAAAAAGACCUUGUAUUUUGCCAUGACUUUCAAAAUAAAGAAUGCAGACGUCCCAACUGCAAGUUUAUCCAUUGUACAAAACAGGAGGAAGAAAUAUUUCGAUCUACCGGUCGCCUUCCAGAUACCGUAAUAGAAAACAUGGAAGGGAGGAAUAUUUUUGUAUCAAAGAUACCCAUUUGCAAAGAUUAUCUUAAAGGAGAAUGUAGACGUGCUGGUCGAUGCAAGUUCAGGCAUUUAUCUAACUAUGAAUAUCAAAUUGAAGCUGCACCACAAAAUAACAGCCGUACAAGAAGGGAUCGUAUUGAUGAAGAUCGAUAUGAAACAUACUAUAGAUAUGAACCCUUAGCCAAACGCCGUGCGUUUGACGAUUCGUACGCUGAUUAUCCGUACAUGGGAAACGAGAGAAGACCUAUGAUGCCAGAUCAUUAUAGGAUGCUGGAAAAAGGGAAUGCAAUGCUUUCACAUAGAGUUGAAGAACUCAAAAAGCAAGUUGCUGAUUUAACAGCAACCAAUGAAUUCUUACUUGACCAAAAUGCGCAACUUAGAGUGAGUAAACAAACUUUGGUGUCACCGAUUUCACAGCAGCUUAUACCCCAUACUCUUACACCAACGAUGCCAUCUCUUCCUCCUCCAUCACUUACUCAGCUGUCUCAAAUACCCCUCAGCACUGAUCUUGGGGCUGCUUCACUUGCACCAGAUCUAGCUCUAGGACAAGGUAUUGCACCUGUAUCUAUUGCUCCUUCUCAAGUUACUCUGCCGACUAUAUCUGCUGCAUCUCUUUCACAAAGCUUGCCCCAGACUAUUAUCACAUCAACAGCACUUAUUUCAUAUCCAAUUAUGACUCAAAGUAUGAGACCUGUUAUACCUCAUAGUUUGGGGUAGUUAAGUUGUAAUUAUGCUGUAAACUUUAAAGAAUAUAUACUUGCUACAAUCAGGGAUGGCAAGGAUUUGGAUACAAUAGUAAAAUCAUUGAGGGAAGAUUUCCGUAUCUUGAUCUGCAGUAGGCAGCGGCUCUCAAAAAAACUGUUAAAAAAAACAUCACCAAAGGGGACCAACUCGAAGGGUAUAACUUGUAGCCCCGUUCAAACCUCGACUUUUUUUUUUUUUUAAAACAUUUACAAGUUUAAAAUCUAUUUGGCGGUUGUAGUUGUUGCAUCAGUUCACGUUAUGGAAAUAUUCCCAUCAAUGAUUUUGAUCAUUCUGUCUUAAACUGCCCAAAACUUUUGUCCAUCAUAGUUAUAUUUUGUAGAAGUUUAAUUUAAGCAAUAAUGUUUAAUUGAUAAAUUAACUCAAAGCUAUAGCAAAUAAUUCACAAGUUAAUAUUUAAACUAUUAUUAAAUAUGUCAGUGUUCUCCCUAAGUGUUUUUAGAAGGGUUUAGAUCUGCCCUUUGAUCCCUAUAAAUCUACCCUUUUUAUAAAAAUAAGGCCGCCAUCCUUUUAAAAACACUGUCUUUUUAUUCAUAUUCCAUCUUGAAAAUAAUUAAUUCAUUGUUUAAAUAAUAAUUAUUCAUUGGUAAAAUUAUCUAUGUUUAUAGGUUUAAUUCUGAUUGCUUUUACAAAUAUUUACUUUGUUAUGAUUAUUCUCAACUUGUUAAGUAUCUCCUUUUUCGGGAGAGGAGAUAUUAAUACAUUUUUUAAUGGUUUUAAAAUUAUUUGUUGAAUUAAUACCUUUUUUUU